AUGAGUGUGCAAACAGCUACGCAAGCAGAGGCUCGAGUGAAUGUGGCGCUGUGUAGUGCAUGCAAUAGAAGUCACCACAGAGAUGUAGUGUGCGAGCCUAGGAGGCAACAUUGUGAACAUGAACGACCUCAAAAUGGGGAGGGGGUGAUGGACGGCAACGAGACUCACGCGGCAGAUGGUCAGAAUGGAGAUGUUGAAGUAUCAGAUGAGGAGGAGGACGGCAGUUCAGAGUCAGAGGGGGAGAGAGAAGAGCAGCCAAUGGAUGCGGGUGCUGGUGUCCAACAGGCUGUCCCAUCAGUACUCCGUGAAGUAUUUGGGGAGGCAUUUAACGGACGUAAUCAUUCAGGAAACAAUGGAAACAUGCGCUCGGGGGGUGUGGGAUUAUCAAAUCCAACAGCAGCAGAGAGUGGGGAAUUGGGGGAGAUGGGAGGAGCAUCCGAGAGUGGAGGAUUGGACGAGCGGGGAGGAGCAGGCGACAGCGGGGCGGGGAGGGGAGGAGAAGAGAGCGGGGCAGGGAGGGGAGGAGCAGCCGAGAACGAGGCGGGUAGGGGAGGAGCAGCAGGGAGCGCGGCGGGGAGGGGAGGAGCAGCAGGGAGCGAGGCAGAGAGGGGAGGAGCAGUCGAGAAUGGGGUAGGGAGGGGAGGAGCAGCAGGGAGCGAGGCAGAGAGGGGAGGAGCAGUUGAGAAUGGGGUAGGGAGGGGAGGAGCAGCAGGGAGCGAGGCGGGGAGGGGAGGAGCAGUCGAGAGUGGGUUAGAGAGGGGAGGAGCAGCAGGGAGCGGGGCGGGUAGGAGAGGAGCAGCAGGGAUCGAGGCAGGGAUGGGAGGAGCAUCAGCAGGGACAGGGAGGGGAGGAGCAGCAGGGAGCGAGGUGGGGAGGGGAGGAGCAGCCGAGAGUGGGGUAGGGAGGGGAGGAGCAGCAGGGAGCGGGGUGGGUAGGGGAGGAUCAGCAGGGAUCGGGGCAGGGAGGGUAGGAGCAGGGAGCGGGGCCGGGAGGGGAGGAGCAGCAGCGAGUGGGGCGGGGAGGGGAGGAGCAGAAAGCGGGGAUGGGAGGGGAGGAGCAGCAGUGAGUGGGGCGGGGAGGGGAGGAGCAGCAGGGAGCGGGGCGGGUAGGAGAGGAGUAGCAGGGAGUGGGGAAGGGAGGGGAGGAGCAGAGAGCGGGGCCGGGAGGGGAGGAGCAGCAGCGAGUGGGGCGGGGAGGGGAGGAGCAGAAAGCGGGGAUGGGAGGGGAGGAGCAGCAGUGAGUGGGGCGGGGAGGAGAGGAGUAGCAGGGAGUGGGGAAGGGAGGGGAGGAGCAGUGAGAGGGGCGAGGAGGGCAGGGGCAUCAGGGAGCAGGACGGGGAGGGCAGCGGCAGGGAGCGGGGCAGGGAGGGGAGAGACAGCCGAUAGUGGGGUAGGGAGGGGAGCAGCAGGGAGCGGGGGCGGGGAGGGGAGGUGCAGGAUGGAGUGGUGGAGUUGCGGGGAGGAAGAGGAGGAGGAGGAAGAGGAGGAGGGGAAAGUUGAGGGGAAGGAGAAGGGGAAGGAGAAGGGGGAAGAGAAGGGGAAGGAGAAAGGGAUGGGGAAGGGGAAGGGGAAGGAGAAGGGGAAGGAGAAAAGGAAGGAGAGGGCAUGGAAUUUGAAUAACAAACGAUCACUAAAACAGAAAGGGAAGGAGAAGGGGAAUGAGAAGGGGAAGGAGAAUGGGAAGGAGAAGGGAAGGAGAAGGCGAAGGAUAAGGGUAAGGGAAAGGGGGAAGGAGAAGGGGGAGGAGAAGGGAAAGGAUAAGGGGAAGGAGAAGGGGAAGGAGAAGGGGAAGGAGAAGGGGAUGGAGAAAGGGAAGGGGAAGGGGAAGCGGAAGGAGAAGGGGGAGUAG